AUGACGUCUGACGGGCUGCCUCACACAGGAACCUCUCAGGAUACACAACCAGCUCGCCCAGCCUCGCCCGCAGGUAGCCUCUACGCCAUGAGUGACGACGAAGAGGGAGGGUACAAUACCAUCACUCACACGGAGACUGGACGAGGGGUUAAGCUGCUGUACUCCAAGAGCAAGGUCUACAUACAUCCCACACCCUCCGCCAAGGACAAUAUUCCCGGUUUCAUAGCCCUGUUGCAACAGAAGCCUCCGUCUGGUGCACGACCCUCAGAAGAUUCCCAUGAUUCUCAGUCCAUAGCCUCUGCAGACCUCCUCCUGGCAUGGAUUCCAGAGUCGCAGCUUGGCGAGGCUGCUAGCAUCUAUGUCAAGGUCGACCUAUCUGACGGCGACUCUCCUCCGAAACAGUCCUACCUCGUCCCUCCUCCACCGACUGUUACAACCCACCGUGGCUCCGUUGGCCACUAUGCCUUCGCCAUCCCCGUCAGCGCAGUCUACUCGCUCCUGGUCCGCCCGCCCAGCCUGGGAUGGUGGUUCGGCUCUGUCAUAAUCAAUAGCCGCGCUGGCGACAGCUUUCCGGCACUCUUUUUUCACGACAGCGAGUGCGAGUCGACAAUCCUGCAGAAGAAGAAGCACAUGAAGGACAAGUUCGAUCCGUUCGGGGAGAGCGGGCAGAUGUUCUGGGGCGGCGACGAGGUUCUGAGGUGGCUGAGGGCUUACGUCAAAAUCGAGAGGAGUGUUGCGGAGCCCAACAUCUACCUGGUUGAGCCCAGCAAGGAGGACAGCACGGGCUUCGGCGCCAAACCCACGAGCAGCACGGCCUCGUCCAUCGGUCGCCAGGAUAGCAGCCGCGGUAUCACGAUUGGAGGCGCAGCCGGUGCAAACCGGGGCUCAAGAGCCGGAUCAAGCAGGGAUGCACAGAUGGAUCCGUUCACCAAGUUCGUGAAGGAAACCGGCUGGAACAUCAUGGAGAAGUUUAGCAAGGUCACGACCUUCACGCGCAACGCCGCGAACGAAGUCAUCGACAACCCCCGCAUCCCGCCUCAGGUCAGGAGCCUGCUCCGCAACCCCGAGGUCAAGACGCUGCAGGAUGAGUUUGACAGCGCAAGGAUAUACCUGGCGCGGUGGGCAAUGGGCAUAGCGGAGCAGAGCGAGAGGGACCGCCGCCAGAGGAUAUGGACUGCGCAAGAUGUGAUGGAGAUGGAGGACACGGAUGUCGGUGAAUUUGAGCUGAUAGAGGGGACCAGUACGUUUUCACUGGAGGAGAGGAGGAAAACUGUCAGCAUGAAGGAGUGGCAGACUUUCUUCGAUCCGACAACCGGAAGACUAGCCGUUACGAUCGACGAGGUAAAGGACAGAGUGUUCCACGGUGGCCUCGACCCGGAUGAUGGAGUUCGGAAGGAGGCCUGGCUUUUCUUGCUGGGUGUGUAUGACUGGCAUAGCACCGAGGUCGAGCGCAGGGCCCAGAUUGCAUCCUUGAGAGACGCAUAUGUGAAGCUCAAGGGUGCAUGGUGGGAGCGCCUUGUUGAUCUGGUCCGAACAGAGAAAGAUGUCCACCGCACCGACCGGAACGUGCCAAUCUUUGCAGGCGAGAACAUCCCUCAUCCGGAUCCAGACUCCCCGUUCGCUGAGGUCGGCACCAAUGUGCACAUGGAACAGAUGAAAGACCUGCUGCUCACGUACAACGAGUACAACAAGGAGCUAGGCUAUGUCCAGGGCAUGUCCGACCUGCUUGCGCCCAUCUAUGCCGUCGUGCAAGAUGACGCGGUCGCCUUUUGGGCGUUCCAGCACUUCAUGGAUCGCAUGGAACGCAAUUUUUUGAGAGAUCAGUCCGGCAUGCGCACGCAGCUGACCACGCUCGACCAGCUGGUGCACUUCAUGGACCCUAAGCUGUGGGAACAUCUGGACAAGGCCGACAGCACCAACUUCUUUUUCUUCUUCCGAAUGCUGUUGGUGUGGUACAAGCGCGAGUUCCCUUGGCUGGAUAUACUGCGGCUCUGGGAGGCGCUGUGGACAGACCAUCUGACCAGCAGCUUCCACCUCUUCGUGGCUCUGGCGAUCCUUGAGAAGCAUCGGGACGUGAUCAUGACACACCUGCAGCAUUUUGAUGAGGUGCUCAAAUACAUCAAUGAACUCUCCGGCACCAUCGACCUCGAGUCCACACUCAUCCGCGCCGAGGCCCUCUUCCACAAGUUCAAGCGUCUCAUUGAGGCCAUCGACAAGAAACCCAACUUCCCCGCGCCGCGCUUCACCCUGUCCACUGCCGCGCCGUCUCUACUGGCUGCCAGCAGCAGCAGCGGGUCUUCCACCCCAAACGGCCAGCAGAACAAGGGCAAGCAGGCCGAGCCUGAGCCCAAAAAGGUCAUCACGCCUGAGCUGCGGCGUCUGCUGAGCAAGGAAGUUGUGGUCCUGCCGAGGAAAGAGGUCGCGAAGCAGGGUGACGGGUUCUUGGCGAAACCGGACCAGGCGCACACGCGAUGAGCGGGUUCAGUCAAGGAAUUGAGUAUCUGGCAGUGUAAAGGCAAUAGGAAACCACAAAAUGGCGGCAGCGGUGGUGUUUGAAUCAUAAAGCUGUAUAUAUUACAUGGGCAUAUUUCAGCAUCGGCGUUAUGAGGCUAGGGCGCUUGCUGGAUCAUGAUUGUGGGCGUGUUUGGGCUAUUCCUGUGGAGGAUAAUGAGAGCCAUGAAUGCAUCACUUUGAUUCCUCUUCC